UGUUACCGGACGAUUCAGUCUGAAUGAAGCAGCAGAGCCUGUUUGUCUGGAUAAACUUGUUGAAGUGGACUUUGUGUAAACUUUCGGGAUAUUUCAGCCCAGACUCAUCUCCCGUUAGCCAACAAUGCUAAAGGAAGGUAGCGUAGCUUGCUAGCAGGAAAUAGACGGAGCUCGGCCUCACGGUGCUAGUCGGAGUAGCUUCGACAGAGACCAAACUGUAUUUUUCACGGAGCCCAAAUGUCCAGAUAGAGCUGUGUGAAUAGACUCUGUGCUGUUCCCUUUAUUUGACGCUGUUUUCCAUCUGAACGAUCUGCUGCUGUCCGACGAAGCUAAUGUAGCUAACUUAGCCUGCUAGCUGGAAAUAGACGCAGCCGAGCGUCAUUUAAUCAUCAGAGAGAACAAAGAGUUUCUAACGGAGUGAGUCUGGAGGAAAAGCUGCUGUGAAUCAGUCAAAAUGUCUAAAGUCCAAACGCUGAGAGCUUUUGUGAAGCAGCGACUAACUGCGGCUGCUGAAGAGAUAUUUGAGCAGUUUGAAAGAACGAUAGCAGAGUACGAGGAGGAAGUUUGUCGACAACAGAAACUACUGGACGCUGUUUUCAAGCCUGAAGUCCGGUUACACAGAGCAGACGUCCAGCUGCUGUUGGUGAGGAAAGAAGAGGAUCCUCCUGAGCAGCAGGACUGGAGAUCCAGUCUGGACCAGGAGGACCCAGCAGAGCCGCCUCACAUUAAAGAGGAACAGGAGGAGCUGUGGACCAGUCAGGAGGGAGAGCAGCUGGGAGGUCUGGAGGAGGCUGAUAUCAUUAAGUUCACAUUCCCCCCUGUCCCUGUGAAGAGUGAAGAAGAGGAUGAAGAGGAACCUCAGUCCUCACAGCUUCAUCAGAGACAAACUGAACAGAUGAGAACAGAAUCUGAUGGAGAGGACUGUGGAGGACCAGAACCAGCCAGGACCUCAGAUCCAGAUACACAUUUACAACCUGACACUGAUGACAGGACAUCCCUGUCCUCUGAACCUGAGAGUGAUGACAGUUGUGAUUGGGAGGAGACCAGAGAACCUCAGUCAUGUUCAAAACCUCGACAAAAUAAAGAAAUACCUGUAAGUAAAACUGGAAAAACUUCAGUUAGCUCCUCUGGAUGUACUUCAAGCUCUGACCACAAGGGGCGUCUGCAGAGACACAGUGGAAACCAAACAGGAGAGAAACCAUUUAGUUGCUCAGUUUGUGGUAAAAAAUACCAACGGAAGAAAUCUUUAAUGGACCACAUGAGACUUCAUUCAGAAGGAAAACAUUUCAACUGCUCAGUUUGUAAAAAAAAAUUCCAAUGGAAAACAAAUCUUCGGAGGCACAUGCGAGUCCACACGGGGGAGAAACCCUUCACCUGUUCUGUCUGUGGUCAAGGGUUUACACAAAACUCAAAUUUGAAUGCACAUCUUAGAGUUCACACAGGAGAAAAAACUUUCAGCUGCUCAGUUUGUAAAGCCAGUUUCAGCUGCAGAAGCAAUUUGUCCACACACAUGAGGAUCCAUACUGGGGAGAAACCGUUUAGUUGCUCCGUGUGUGGCAGAAGAUUUGCUGACGGCUCAUCUUUGAACCGACAUUUAAGAGUUCACACAAGAGAAAAACCUUUUUCGUGCUCUGUUUGCAAAGCAAGUUUCCGUUACAGACACACUUUGGUCCAACACAAGAGGCUCCACACUGGAGAGAAACCCUUCAGUUGUUCAGUCUGUGGUAAGAGAUUUGCACAAAGCUAUGCUUUGACUUCACAUUUAAGAGUUCAUACAGAAGAGAAACCUUUCACAUGCUCAGUUUGUAAAGUGAGUUUCCGUUACAGACACAUUUUGGUCCAACACAUGAGGGUCCACACAGGAGAGAAACCCUUCAGUUGUUCUGUCUGUGGUUUAAGAUUUGCACGAAAGGAACACAUGAGUCAACACUUAAGCGUCCACACGGGAGAGAAACCCUUUAGUUGUUCUGUCUGCGGCGCAAAGUUCACUCGACGCUCACAUUUGACCGUUCACUUAAGAGUUCACACAGGAGAGAAACCUUUCAGCUGCUCAGUUUGUAAAGCAAGUUUCAGUGUCAGAAGCACGCUGUCCACACACAUGAGAAUGCAUACUGGGGAGAAACCAUUUAGUUGUUCAGUUUGUGGGAAACGAUUCGCACUCCAUGGAAGCCUGAGACGCCAUUUGACUGUCCACGCCGGGGAGUAGCAGUUUAGUUGCAGUGUUUGUCAUGAAGGAUUCACCCGUUUAUAUCAACAGUCACCAAACAGAUGAAGCUGCAGAGGUGCUUGUUGAACCAGUUUCUUUCAGCAGCAUUUAAAUACAGAGGACAAGACUAGCCUUAUGAACCUGAUCAUUUUCAUUCGUGUCAUUGAGACUGCUGAAGCCUCAGAUUAACUUCCCUUGAUCCUCAGAAUGUCUUUGUUCCAGUUUUAAUUGGCUGUUUAUGGAUUGUGUCCUAUAAUUGAUUUAUGUGAGUUAGGUUGGGGGAGAUUACCCGAGGUCUGUUUUGGACCGAUGAAGACCUCUCCAGACUGUCUUCAAGCAGCAGCAGUUUCUUUGUGUUCUCAGCUGUUAGUUGUCACUGAGAUCAAUGGAAGAUGACCUGUUGCUCUCCAACACAUCAUUGAUUCAAACUUGUGGCUGCAUCUUUAUUUUGUUGCUUCCUGGUUCACUCGCUCACACCUCAGUGAGUUUAUUAAAUUCCCUCCUCGUUAGUUUUAUACUGCAGAGUGACGCCUUGUUUUAGCUUCAGUAAACACUGACUUCUACUAAAUGAUGAUAACUUGUCAUGAACUAAUAGGUUUCUCUGCAGGACACCUCCCUCAUCAGUUUUGCUUGUAAAACUUUAAAGUUUGAUUUUUAUCAAAAACUCUUCAGUGAAGAAAGAAAGUUUUGAGAUUCCUUUGAAGGAGAUUUUGAUUUUUUCAACUGGAAACUAGUUCUGAUGUGUUUUCACCUUCAACAUGUGUUUUCAUUUGUUUUAAGAGUUUAAAACUUCAACAGGUGCAAACGUGUCAAUACAUACUCACAUAAUGAGUAUUUUUCUUGAGGUUUAUGAUAUCUGUUGUAGACUUUUUGUAAACCUUUAGAACAGGCAUGUCCAAACUA